AGAGAGCAAAUGCACUUCUCAUUGCUUUCUGCCAUAAAUAGCUCUCUCUUUUUGCCUCUAUACUAUACAAUUUACUCUUUUUUGUAUCAAAACAAUGGCAGGGGCAAUUCGGUACUUUCAGUUGAACACUGGUGCUAAGAUGCCGUCUGUCGGUUUGGGUACGUGGCAGUCCGAUCCUGGUGUUGUCGGACAAGCCGUUGAGAUUGCUAUCAAGGCGGGCUACCGGCAUAUUGAUUGUGCUCGAAUUUAUAAAAAUGAGAAGGAGAUUGGAGAAGUUUUGAAGAGGCUGUUUAAAGAUGGUGUUGUCAAGAGGGAAGAGCUAUUCGUUACAUCCAAACUCUGGAACACUGAUCAUGCACCUGAAGAUGUACCAGUUGCACUAAACAAAACUCUAGAAGACUUGCAGCUGGACUACGUUGACCUGUACCUCAUUCAUUGGCCUGUCAGUAUGAAGCCUGGUUCGGUUGACUUUAAACCUGAAAACCUUAUGCCAACCAACAUACCCAGCACAUGGCAAGCAAUGGAAAAACUUUAUGAUUCUGGGAAGGCCAAAGCUAUUGGUGUUAGCAAUUUCUCUACUAAGAAACUGGGAGAUCUUUUGCAAGUAGCUCGUGUUCCUCCUGCUGUCGAUCAGGUGGAGUGCCAUCCUUCAUGGCAACAAGCCAAGUUGCGGGAGUUCUGUAAAUCCAAGGGAGUGCACCUCUCGGCCUAUUCGCCGCUUGGUUCUCCAGGUACAACAUGGCUUAAAAGUGAUGUACUAAAGCAGCCAGCUGUAAUCUCAGUUGCUGAGAAAUUGGGCAAGACUCCUGCACAGGUUUGUCUUCGCUGGGGCAUUCAGAUGGGUCAGAGUGUGCUUCCUAAGAGCACACAUGAAGCACGGAUCAAAGAGAAUCUUGAUGUGCUGGACUGGUCUAUACCUGAUGACUUGUUUGCCAAGUUCUCUGAAAUUCCACAGGCAAGGCUGCUGAGAGGCACUUCAUUUGCUCACGAGACGCAUGGCCAGUACAGGACACUUGAAGAGCUAUGGGAUGGUGAGCUCUAAGGUUACAGUUCGAGUUAACUGUGGAAAAGAUAGGCAAAUCUUAAUCCAUUUAUCUCAUAGAUUUAGGCUUCUUGCGCACUUACUUUUCCUUUGAACUUUAGGAGAUCGGUUAGAGUGUCAACCCAUUUAUCUCAUAGAUGAAGGUUUCUUGCUUAACUGUCCCUCUAUUGGAUCUGUGCCGGAAACCAUUCAGCAGAUUCUAUGAAACAAUAUUCAAAUGUUUGAUUUGCUGGGAUAUACCCCAAAACUAUCGACUUUUGUGGUCAUCUUUUCUUAGUAUAUAGUUAAAUGCUAUGCUUUAUUGGACAUUA